AUGCUGGCAAAGACGGACGCCGACAAGUAUGACCAGCGUCAUCAUGCAGGGGAUAGUCAAAGUGUCAAUAGCUGCGACCACAGGCAGCAGCUGGUGGAUCUGCCCAGCGACUUGUUCCUGCUUAUUAUUUCAUACCUGUCUCCCGAGGACACGUUCAUCUGCCGCCGUGUAUCCCGGGCAUGGCAGCAGACAUUCGCUUCCGAAGAUGUCGCUUGGUAUUUGAUGAAGCUACACUUUCCCCGCUCGCGGGAGCUACGGAUGGAGUCCACCGCCUCAGCACGGUCGGACCGGACGGCCAUCUACACCGAGGUGGCGCAACGGUAUCACCACCUCCGGGCAGCCAAGCCCAGGAGUACGGAGAAGAUUGAGAUUGCCAGACAGGACAAGGACAGCACAAUGCUCUAUGACGUGGCACCUUGGAGCAGGUUCUUACAUUUCAACGACUAUACGGCCCCUUUCUCGCAUCCCGACCCGGUAUGGUGCAUGGCCGAUGGUCUCGUCAUCUACCCCAAUGCGUACGGGCACUACUGUGCUCAUGACCUGGAGACACGUAGCACAUUUCCCGUGCCAUUUGAUGCAAUUGGCAAGACCAUUAGGCGUGUCCGCUUGGCUUGCGGGGUGCUCAUCUUUGAAUGGUGCGAGCGUGAGCCAUACCAUCAGCUCAACGACGAGGAGACGGUCCACCGACAUUUCGCCACGGCCUUUGACGUGGAGAGAUGUGCGCCGCGGUCAUCGUCGAGAUCACCCAGGUUCUCCGUUGUCCGGUCAGAGCCGGGGCCGUCCAAGUGGAACAUCACAUUCCGUUCCGAGUGGAAGAUUCACUUUUUGGGCUUCCCGCUGAACCGCGUGGACCGCUUCUUCUCAGCGCACACAGCUACGCACUACGCACUAUAUACAUGGCAGCCCAAUCGGUCGCCAUGGGGAGAGGCAGACCCUCCAGAACAGUUUACAGUAUGGGACAUAUCAUUUCCGUCACAAUACUGCCCUUCUACAGACCCGACGGGUCGCGACAAACCCGACGUAGACCUCGGACCGCACGUGAUCCGGCGACUCAGCUGGCGGGAUUUGGAUUUCCUGGGCCUCCGCCAACGCGAUACGCCGUCGUUUAGACAGAUUCUCCUAGACGAGCACAAUGUCUACAUCCACGAGGAGGAACAUCGGUGGCUUGCAGGCCCUCAGUCUUCACUUGUGCCUCCACGGCACCACCUGGUCCGGUGCACCGGCUUCCCCAUCAUUGGCAUGGGUCCAAGAUGGUUUGAUGAAUGCUGCGCUGAUGGGGACGUUCACCUUUCCUUUUGCCCGCGGUCCGGCUCCAUGGCCCGGCUCCGCGGAGGCGGGAGUCAAGAUUCGACAGUGACGGCCGCGACUUACACAAAGGACUGGCCGGGUUUCGCGCCUUGUUGGCGACACGAGGAAUUCCCAUACUUGACCAUGAGCGAAAUGGUUGAUGCCCCGGCCGGGGUGAGGAUCGUGGCCCGGCAGUGCUUCAUGGUCGAGGCUCUCUCCGUCUUUAUCCUGCCGCGCAUCAGCAUCCAGGCCGAAGACGCAGACGGGCGCGAGGACGGCGACGAGGUUAGAUUCACGGACGAUAUGUGGGGUGAGUUGAUGGGCAAGGGCCGCAUUUGUGGUGAUGAGCGUUUUCUCGUAGGCGAGGACAUGGAGGGCAAAAUUACAGUGGUGCGUUUUUGA